AUGAUCAACACAUCGGUACUCGAGCUCGACAGAGGAUCGACACACUCACAUACUGUCAAGGGAUCGGCGACGUGUUCGGUCAGCGAGGCUCGAGCUCGACAGAGGAUCGACACACUCACACGCUGUCAAGGGAUCGGCGACGUGUUCGGGAUCGGCGACGUGUUCGGGAUCAGCGACGUGUUCGGGAUCGGCGACGUGUUCGGGAUCGGCGACGUGUUCGGGAUCGGCGACGUGUUCGGGAUCGGCGACGUGUUCGGGAUCGGCGACGUGUUCGGGAUCGGCGACGUGUUCGGGAUCGGCGACGUGUUCGGGAUCGGCGACGUGUUCGGGAUCGGCGACGUGUUCGGGAUCGGCGACGUGUUCGGGAUCAGCGACGUGUUCGGGAUCGGCGACGUGUUCGGGAUCGGCGACGUGUUCAGGAUCGGCGACGUGUUCGGGAUCGGCGACGUGUUCGGGAUCGGCGACGUGUUCGGGAUCGGCGACGUGUUCGGGAUCGGCGACGUGUUCGGUCAGCGAGGCUCGAGCUCGACAGAGGAUCGACACACUCACAUCCUGUCAAGUGAUUAG